UUAAUUUCCAUAUCAAAUUAAUUUCUCGUUCAAUUAAGCAAUGACAUCAAUGGUGGCACCCAUCAACAUGGGGCUACAAUUUCGAGGAAAUUGGUGCAAUGUCAACAAGAACAAGGGAAGGGAGUUUUUGAAGCCAAACUUUAAUUCCUCAUGCAACACUAAUAUUGCAUUGAACAAUAAACGAAGAUUUUCAUUGUUGGUGACUGCAAGUUCUCAAUGUAGUCCUGGGAGAAUAAUGGGCACAAUCAAUGAAAUAAAACAUGUUCCAAUGAUUCAUCCUGCAGCAGGAAAGUUGGCAAAUGAAAACAAACAACAUACAACCCUUGUUACCUUGUUUCGUGGAAGGUUUGUGAAAGACAGGUCUGUAUAUAGGCAAAUUUUCUUUGUCAGAUCUUACGAAAUUGGCCCGGAUAAAACUAUCACCGUGGAGACACUAAUGAAUUUUCUCCAGGAAACUUGUCUAAAUCAUAUGUCCAACUGUGGGGUAAGUCAAAACGAUUUUGGAGCUACUCACGAAAUGGACCUUCGCAAACUCAUAUGGGUUGUUACUCGUAUUCAAGUUCAAGUACAGAGAUAUAGCAAAUGGGGGGAGGAAAUUGAGGUUGAUACUUGGUUUGAUAUUGCCGGAAAGAAUGGGAUUCGGAGAGAUUGGAUAAUCAGGGAUCAUUAUACCAAAGAGAUCAUAGCAAAAGCAACUAGCACAUGGACGAUGAUGAAUAGAGAAACAAGAAGAUUAUCCAAGAUAUCUGAAGAAGUCAGACAAGAACUGGUUCCUUUCUUCUUUAAUAAGCUUGCCAUUGCCAGGGAAGAAAUAGAUCAUCAGAAGAUACACAAGCUCACUGACUCCACUGCUGAGAGUUUUCGAUAUGGAGUGACUCCAGGGUGGAACGACAUGGAUGUUAACCAGCAUGUUAACAAUGUAAAAUACAUCAGAUGGAUCUUAGAGAGUGUGCCAAGAGAAGUAUUAGAAGAUUAUAAAAUGACAAGCAUGACUUUAGAGUUUCGGCGCGAAUGUACUCAAUCAGAUUUGUUGGAAUCAAUAAGUAGUUCAUCCUCCAACGUGACUGGUGCCUCUAAUAAUGACUCUGUUAACACAAAACCUGACCUGCAAUAUAUACACCUGCUUCGUCUACAAGACACUAAAGCCGAGUUGGUCCGAGCCAGAACAGAAUGGCAUCUUAAGCAAAAUCACAAGUGAUGCAAGUUAUAUAUGACGGUUUUAAAUUGUGCGUGAUAUAUAUACCAAUGAUAGCAUGGAGGCAUAUGUGGACCCAACCAAUACCAUACUACUACAAUUUUAGCUAGUUUUUGUUCACUCUUCUGAUCUUGCUUUUCUAGAUCCUUUAUCUCAUGUUUAAUAAUUUGCCAAAUAUGCUUAUUUAUACAAUUUGACUAUGAUGGCAAAAGUUGUAUUAAUUCAUUCAAUCUGAAGAAUGAUGUUUUGAUUCAAUCCUAUUAGAAAUAGUAAUUCAAAUUUUUAAACGAAAUAAAAUAAAGGAGAAUAAUUGAUGGAUUGCUCAAGCU